CUCCUUGAUCUUGGAGCUCAUGACCCUCCUUUUUGCCUCUAAUGUGGAGCCCUGACUCUCUGGUCUUACUGCUGCAGCAUCUCUUGUAUCCCUGGCUUGGGCUUUGGCUUCCUAUCAAAAAGCCCUGCGUGACUCCCGCGAUGACAAGAAACCCAUCAGUUACAUGGCUGUUAUAAUUCAGUUUUGCUGGCAUUUCUUCACAAUUGCAGCCAGGGUCAUUACUUUUGCUCUGUUUGCCUCAGUUUUCCAGCUAUACUUUGGGAUCUUCAUCGUCCUCCACUGGUGUAUCAUGACCUUUUGGAUCGUCCAUUGUGAGACAGAAUUCUGCAUCACCAAAUGGGAAGAGAUAGUGUUCGACAUGGUUGUUGGAAUAAUCUAUAUCUUUAGUUGGUUCAAUGUCAAGGAAGGAAGGACACGCUGCAGGCUUUUCAUUUAUUAUUUUGUGAUCCUUUUGGAAAACACCGCCUUGAGUGCUCUCUGGUAUCGGUACAAAGUCCCACCAAUUUCUGAUGCAUUCGCCAUACCAGCACUGUGUGUGGUGUUCAGCAGCUUUUUAACAGGCAUUGUUUUUAUGCUGAUGUACUAUGCCUUCUUUCAUCCCAAUGGACCAAGAUUUGGGCAGUCACCAAGCUGUGCUUGUGAGGACCCUGUAGCUGCCUUCACUCUGCCCCCAGAAGUGGCAACAAACACUCUAAGGUCUAUCUCUAACAAUCGGAGUGUCACAAGUGACCGGGACCAGAAGUUUGCAGAGAGGGAUGGGUGUGUGCCUGUCUUUCAGGUGAGGCCCACUGCACCUUCUACGCCUUCCUCACGGCCACCAAGGAUUGAAGAAUCAGUCAUUAAAAUUGAUCUCUUCAGAAACAGGUACCCAGCAUGGGAAAGACAUGUGUUGGACAGAAGCCUAAGAAAAGCUAUCUUAGCAUUUGAAUGUUCCCCUGCUCCUCCACGGCUACAAUAUAAAGAUGAUGCCCUUAUCCAGGAGCGCUUGGAAUAUGAAACCACAUUAUAA